CCGUGCCCCAGCAGAACCAGGGUGUUACCCCAGUCGACCCAGAAAACGCCCCCGGAAAACGCAGCGAAUUGGAGCCCAUUCAAGGAGGAGACAUUGCGAACUUGCCGUCUGAGACAGCAGGAGAACCCUCAGCAGAAAAUGGAGGAAAGGUGCGAUUGCUAAAGGGUGAUGGUGAGGGUGAAGAGGACGCGGGCGAUGUAUCAAUGGGAGAAGGAGCCGACGAAGAGGCAGAGUCUGGGGACGAAAACGAUGAUGUCGAAGACCCUGCACAGUUGGAAGCUACUCGCCUUCGUUUGGAAGACCAAGCGCGCAAAUACUUAGCCGCACAGACACACGACGUCGUUAUCCCAUCUUAUUCUGCGUGGUUCGAGAUGUCAAAGAUCCAUCCCGUUGAACGACGCGCGCUACCCGAGUUCUUCAACUCGAGAAAUAGAUCCAAAACUCCCGCCAUCUAUAAAGACUAUCGUGACUUCAUGAUUAAUACCUACCGCUUGCGACCUACAGAAUACCUCACCGUCACCGCUUGUCGAAGAAACCUGGCUGGAGACGUCUGCGCUAUCAUGCGCGUGCAUGCUUUUCUCGAGCAGUGGGGUUUAAUCAACUAUCAAAUCGAUCCCGAAGCGCGUCCUGCAGCAUUAGCGCCUCCAUUUACUGGUCACUUUCGUGUCAUUCUUGAUACUCCACGGGGACUGCAAUCGUUGCACCCUGGGAGUCGUCCAUCAAAUCAUCCUGCUUCCACGGUAAAUGGAGCACCAAAACCACCUACGUCAGGUCCCGCAUCUCUCGAGAUACGCAAUUCUAUCUAUCAAACUACCUCCAAAGCUUCUCGCUCUGUCACAGCCGCAGAAGCCUCCACACUUGCCAAUGGUGUUUCUACUAAAGGCAACAUGUCGUAUCAGUGCGACACCUGUGGUACAGACUGCACGUCUGUUCGCUACCACUCACUGAAAGUAAAAGAUUUCGAGCUAUGUCAACCAUGCUAUCUCGACGGCAGAUUUCCAUCCACUAUGUUUAGCGGUGACUUUGUCAAACUUUCAUCAAAUCCCCGUGGUGUAAGUCAUGGUAGUGACGACGACUGGACGGACCAAGAGGUCCUCUUACUUCUGGAGGGUAUCGAGAUGUAUGACGAUGACUGGAACCAAAUUGAAGACCAUGUGGGUACUCGCACAGCACAGCAGUGCAUACGCAAGUUCUUGGAACUGCCAAUAGAAGACCCUUAUGUUGCUACUGAGGGUGAAAUGGGUCCUCUACGUUUCGGACGCAUUCCGUUCGAACAGGCUGAUAACCCUGUUAUGAGCGUCGUGGCCUUCCUUGCAGGCGUUGUUGGCCCAGGAGUGGCAGCUGAGGCUGCUAAGUCAGCCCUUCAUGAGCUGACUAGUGGAGAAUCCAAGGAAGCAGAUAAAGAAGCACCAGCUCAGGAAACAUUGGAACAAAAAGAAGGUGAAACUGGUGCAAGUGAAAAGCAGCCAGACGCAGACGGCGACACCCCAAUGGAACAGUCGCUCGAGAAAGAUGUUUCGGUCUCCCAGCGUGGGCAAUCGUCAAGUAAGACUGGUUCGCCAGCCCCACCGCCAGAAGGCAUGGCAGUUGACUCUACUCCAUCCAAAAAAUCAACACCAAUGAUUCCCCAAUCCAAAGUUGUACGAGCAGCUCACUUAGCGCUCAAGUCGUCGGCGAAAGCUGCACAAACUUUGGCAGACGCGGAGAAUGUUCACAUUCGGUCCACACUUGCUUCUCUCAUCAAGCUGACUUUGACGAAACUUGAGCUGAAGAUGACGCAGUUCGAGGAGCUCGAGGAAAUAUUAGAGGAUGAGCGGAAGGGUCUCGAGAGUGCACGAAUGGCGCUUGUCAACGAGCGCGUUAACUUGAAGCGAAUGCUUGAUACCGUGCGCAUGGAACUUACGAAGAAUAAUUCCACCACUGUUCCCCCCGCUGUUGCCCAAGCUAACUUGGGUACUACUGGUCAGGGCACGUCGAUGAACGAAGUACCACCAGAGACACCGCUAGAUGCCGAUACAGGGCCUGUAAGUGAUGGCAACUUUGCUCAGUUAACUUGACGGGAGGGUUAUUCUACUUUUACUUGUUGUCGAUAGCUAUCUUUGACGCGCUUGUAACUUUAUACAUUUGCGCCCUCAAUUCGGGGUAGUAAUAAGUUGUAGUGACGUGAAGACGACAAACAGUUUCCUAGUAGGGCGUCUAAACCCAGCCUAUACAAGUACAUCAGGUUGUUUCCUUGUUGAAACUUGUAACCUGGAACCUUUUACAUUC